UAUCCCAGUGAGAGAUGUCAACAAAUGCUGAAUUGUUUACAGCGCUGCUUGCCUUACUUUGAAAUCAGGACAUUGUGUCAUUGUGGCUGGAUUGUAGCCAGGAGAAAAGUCAUCGCCUUUCAACCAACAAAGUGAAAGAGAAGACAAAGAAUCUGCAAGUGACUGCUAUCAAACGGGAUGAUCAGGAGCCUGUGCUUGCUAUAUUUGGCCGGGGGGCUCGGAGCCGUUCACGCGGGCCCCGUCAAAUGGUCGGGCAAGACUGCGGACAGAGUCGCCCGCCGCGAGGACGUCAACGUGCUGAUGUAUGGCGUCACUCAGUUGGGCGAGUCCCUCAACAAUGUGUACAAAAGCACCGAGGAGAAGGUGGCCAACAUCCUGCUGACUUUGAACGAGCACGAGCGUGCUCUCGAGCAGCUCAGGGAGCAGACGACGCAGGCUGGCGAAGUGGAGAUACAGAUGAAGAGUGUGAUAGAGCUGCUGCAGGACCAAACAUUCAAGCAAGAGACUCAGACCAAGAUGACUGAGGGUCAGCUUGCUGACAUCGAGCGGGAAGAGGCGGUGCUUUGGACAAAGGUGCAAAGCUUAGAGGCCCACCUGAACAGCACAACGCCCACAAUCAUCAAAGAGCUGCUGGAGCGAGCUACCUUUAAUGCCAGUAUCUUGAAAGGUCUGCAGCAUUUGACCGAUUUUCAAAAGCAGCUGAUUGACAACCACGCCGAGCAGCUCUCGAAACUGCAAAGGAUGAGUGAAGCACUAUGAAAUUUCAAAGGAGGAUCGACAUCACCAGCACUGAACACCCACAGCACUCCCUUUCACCAGUUCAACACACUAUCAAUGUUGUUUGUUCCACUAAAAUAUGAAUUUUGCUUGCUCUACUGUGACAAUUAUUAAAAACUCUACACUUUAAA